GAAAAUGGUGCCUGCUGAACAAACAUCAACAUGGCUACGUGCUCCUCCUCCUCCCCCAGUGACACAAAACCAGACACAAACACUCGCCGGGGGGAUUUGAUUUCAUAGCAACCUGCCCUGGCGUUCCCUCCCUCCCCUGAGCGAGAGGGCGGAGGCUGGGAACAGGUGAACACCUAUCAGCUCCCAUUCCAGCGGGAUGCAAAACCUCACAGUCGAUACCAGUCCUCACUCUUCAGGCUCCAGGAAUCAUGGCGAACAGUGCCCUGGAGAUCGUGGGAAUGUGCGUGAGCCUGAUCGGCCUCAUCGGGGUGGCGGCCAGCACCGGGAUGCCGAUGUGGCGGGUGACGGCCUUCAUCGGGGAGAACAUCAUCGUGAUGGAGACCCGCUACGAGGGCUUGUGGAUGAACUGCUUCCGGCAGGCAAACAUUCGGAUGCAAUGUAAGGUGUAUGACUCUUUGCUGGCUCUGUCUCCGGACCUCCAGGCCGCUCGGGGGCUCAUGUGCUGCUCUGUUGCGUUGACAGGGCUGGGUUUACUAAUCUCCAUCGCUGGGAUGAGGUGCACGGCAUGCAUUCAAGGGAACGACCGCGCCAAGCGGAUGGUUCUGAUCAUCGCUGGCUGCAUGAUCCUAGCGGGCUGCUUCUGCUGCCUCAUCCCCGUCUCCUGGACCGGACACGCCAUCAUCCAGGACUUCUACAACCCCUUGCUCAUCGACGCCCAGCGUAGGGAACUAGGGGAAGCGUUGUACAUUGGUUGGGUGUCUUCCGCCUUCUUAUUCGCUGGUGGGUGCAUAUUCACCUGCUGCAACGGGCCUCUGGACAAGGGCCCGGAUCGGAGGUACAUGUACAACAGGAACGCACCUUAUGUGCCCUAUCAGCCACAACCCGUGGCCUACCACCCUCAGCCUCGCUCGGUGUACAGUCACCCGUCCGGGCCACCUUCGUUCAUUGAGCAGUCAUAUCAACCGUCCAGACAGCAGUCGUUCAUUCAGCCUUCCAGACAGCAGUCAUUCAUACAACCGUCCCGACAUCCGUCCGCCCGCAGCGCCGUGGCUUAUCUCUGAAAUCCAGCCGGACAUUUCACAGGCUUGUGUAUGUGUGUGUUAGAGAGAAAUGGACAGGACAACCAAAAGUAAAAAAAAAAAAAAAAGGAUUUUUAGUCAUGCAUUUCAUUUUAUUUUAUUUUUUCAUUCUUGGGAAUGUUUUUGGCUACGUUUAGAUGUUAUUUCUACUCAUAUCUAUGCAGGAGAUGGAAAGGACUUCUAAAGAAAGCUUUUUUUUCUUUUUUUUUUU